UUUCAUGGUGUUGUGGGUGACACAUAUACGUAGAGAAAAAUUAGUGUAAGAAAAUUACAUUGGCACCAACUGCAGGGAAAUGGAAUCAAUGGAAUAUGAGCUCGCUAGAAAUCUCACUCUGUUGUUUUUCGUGGAGCGCCUGCUCGACAAAGGCGAGCCUCGGACGUUGCACGAUCUUUCCUGCCAGUUUGGUGCCAAAGGGUUCACGAAGGAGAUGCGACAGAUUGCUGGCGGGUCUCAGUCGGGCUUGAAGAAGUUUCUGGCCCAGUACCCGGCGUUGUUCAACAUAGACGGGGACUAUGUUGAUAUCAACACGUUCCAGAAGCAUCAGAGUGGGGCUGGCGCGGGCUCCAACAACGAUUACAUCGAGGAAGCAAAGGAGUACUUCGCGAGCAAGAUGAUCCAGUACGGCGAGGGCACCGAGGUACCUAUAAAAAGUCUUCUCGGACAUCGAAGCCAGGCGUCCCCGCAGGUGCGUCACAUCUCCGGACAACGCAUCAAGGAGUUCAAGGACUUCCUGUUGAAACACCCGGACACCUUCCAAAUAAUCGAAGACAACGUCGUUCUAGUCAGUGAAAAUCACAGGAGAGGUAACUCGCACAGUAAUAAUGAACAAUUCCACAAUCUGCCCGUACCUAACAUUAACACUGACACUGCACAACAGCUUUUAGACUAUGUUGCGCAGUGCAUAGAGGCGAAGGGGCCUGUCAUGGUAGAUCAACUUUUUCACCUCAUUGUGUCCCGUUUCCCUCAGGAAUAUUGGUACCAAAUGUUCAAAUCACCUGCAGACUUGAGUGCUUUCUUAAAAAUAUUCUCUGAUAGUUUUCACGUUCAAUCGAACCUUGUAACACUUAUUAGCAAACCAAAAAUUCCUGUAAUGUAUUUAAAUGCAAAGCCUAAAGUUAAGACUGAUGCACCAAAGCCUAUGGUUGAAGAGAAACCAUUGUCGCCAGCCCCUCCCACAGUAGUGAGCCCUACUCCCUCAGAUGGUAAAAUGAGUCCUGCUAACAGAAUACUCAGCCCUAUUGAAUCUCCCCGUGGUCCCCAAGCAAAUAUAGCAAAUCAAACACUGAAACAACGGAUCAAUUCAAUAGUUAUUAAGAAUUUGGCAGAGAAUAUGGUUAGGGAUAGAGUAAAUAAUCACUUAAAUGCACGUCCCGAGGAAAUGAAUGGAACGCCAAGCUUAAGAAAUAAUAUGAUGGGUGAUGUGUGGCGUCAAAAAGUACUUCAGUGCACAACUGUUAUUGCUAAUGCUAGAGAAUGUGCAACUUUAAUUGAUAGUAUUAUGAAUCCAAAACGCAAUGCAAAAAGUAUUGUUUCAUUUGACUGUGAAGGAAUAAACCUCGGCCUCAAAGGAGUGUUGACAUUGUGUCAGAUUGCUACCAUGAAUGGUGAAGUUUAUAUUUUAGAUAUCAUGGCAUGUCCAAGUAUGGUAAUUGACGGUAAAAUAAAGGAACUGUUGGAAAGUGAGAAUGUUGUGAAAAUAAUACAUGACUGUAGGAAUGACUCAGUUAAUUUACACAACCAAUUUGAGAUUGUUUUGAAGAAUGUAUUUGAUACUCAGGCAGCCCAUGCUGUAUUACAAUUACAACAACAGGGAGUGCCAGUUUACAAAGUGAAGAAUCUUAGCCUGAAUGCUUUGUGCGAAUUGUACAAUGCUCCCAUGAACCCCAUGAAAGAGCAACUAAAAAAUGUUUACCGCAGAGAUCAGCGCUAUUGGGCAAGAAGGCCAUUGACAAAGGACAUGAUAAUCUAUGCUGCUUCUGAUGUUCUGUCAUUAGUGAAUCCAGCAAUUUAUGCAUUCAUGUCUAGUAAUAUCAAACCAGAUAACCAACAGCUGUUUGAAGAAUUGAGCAAUGAACAAGUGUUUAUGCAUAUUCAACCCACAGAGGUUAAAUUACGCAAGAGACAGAGAAAAAUAAACACAGAAGUUGGUGAACUUAAACUUAAAUUAGCUGAGUCUACAAAGAAUAUAGUAUUGAGCAACAGGGAAAUCAGAUUGCUCAGAUAUUUAGAGCUGACUGAAGAGGAAAAAGAGAAGCUUAAAGGUUGUCACAAGAUAUCUAAAAAGUUAGAGAAAUUAGAAGCAAUUGGACAAGAAAAAGACUCUGAUUCUGAAGAUGAUGAAAGAGAAAAUGAGAUGGUUAGUUUAGAAUCGAAUCCUUCUGAUCCAAUCUCAUCUCCCCACUCCACUCAACCCCCAAGCCUCACUGAGUCUAUGCAGAUGAUGGAUGAGAUAUUAUCUGACACAAAUAUGGACAAAGUUGAGAAAAUAAAUCGCCUAGAGGCAAUACUGUCGGCAGUUGCGCCGCUCAGUGGAGAAUUGGAGGACAAAUUCUCCCAGACCAUGGAACAAACACUGCCAUUGCUCAAGAACAAGGAUUGGUCCAACCUUAGCCAAAUCUUGAACAUAGGCACAGUAGAUGUUGAUAGGAAGAAUUGUUCGUGCAGAUGCCAUAAUUCCAAUUUUAAUGAUGGGAAGUGUAAUGAUCUCAUUGAAAUUAAGAAGUCUGAAGUCGCUUCACAGACCCUCAGCACGGGGGAUAUCGUCAUAACGAGAAUCCAUUUCAGGGAAGAGGACAAAGCUAACGAGAGGGUUCUCGACGCAUCCCCCAACAGCAAGAGGGCCGGCAUCAACAGUAUGUCUUGAUGCUGACGUUCGAGAUGUUACUUCCAUUUUCCGAGUGCCACAGUUUAAUUUUGGAACUCUUCAAAUGUGAUUAUUUGAUUUUUGUAGUCAUUUAAGUUCGUAUUACCCUGCUCAUGCGGCGCGAUUGCUUUGGUGAUUCCGUUGUUCUCGUUUGCCAGGAGAGUAUAAUAGCGGUGCGAAUGCGAGAAAUGGAAUAAAUUAAGUACGUUGUGAGGUCGCGCAUUUCAAGUGUAUACUCGCCUACGCUAUUUGCUCAUUUGAGCGGAGAUGAGCGUGUACACUCGAAUAAAUGCAACAGUAAUUCGCAUAAUAAGCAGCUACUUAAUUCCUCCUUCUACAGGAACACAGUCUUCUGUUACAAUAUUUUAUAUUUACCUAUAUUUUUACGUUGGCUAUUGCCUGUUAAGUAACCGAAACUAAAAUGUGAUAGAUUGCAUGGCCUUUCUCGAUCUGUUUUGAAAUGUAAAUAAGAUAAUCUUUAUUUAACAUGCUUAAUCUUUUCACCUCAGUUUUUGAUAGCGAGAUGGAUAGAGUGCUUUCCGAUACUAGAUAGUAGUUGUACAUAUCUAUUUAUUUUUGUCACAUUAUUUCAGUGGCUCCGUCUACGUCACUGGUCUCAUUGAAAUGGCAAUAAUAGUUGUAUACAAUAACGUUUUUAUUGUAACAUAUUUAUCAAAGUUUAGAUAAUAUUCUAGUAUUUAAAUAAUGUUUUUAAAAAUAUUAAAAAUGGUUUAGGGUCUAGUGUUAUUGAUGAGAACUUUCUUGUUUACGUUAGUGAUCGCAGACGUUUGGUCGUUUCGAUCGUGUUGUGUGGGGCGGUUUGUUAUUGCAAAUAGGCGGUUGCAAUACGAUUAGGAUGGAUAGCAUAAUAUAUGAAACUUUGUUUAUUGAUUACUAAUUUUGUGCCUUCAAAGUCAUAUCCGACGAUUGCCUUUAUUGAAGAUGAUUCGUCAAUUUUUAGGUACUUUUAUACGUACUAGUAUUUACUUACCGUUGUAUAUUUAAAUGCAGAGGCGCACUAAGGUCGCAGCGUAUUACUACCCUGAGGGUAGUAAUGUACGUAUAAUCAAACUUGAGAGACCUAAUUCAUAUAAGUAAUUUAUCUCAUUCGCUUACUCAUUAUUGCCCUGUGGCUGCGGCCUUAGCCGACGCAACUGUUUAAUGAAAAUACUAUUUUCUGUAGUCGGUCCCCCAAUGCCGUUAAAUAUACUCUAUGAUUCAUUUUACUAUGAAUGUAGAUUUUAAUUUUCUAUUGUUAUUUCUGUCGUCCGCCUGUGAAGUAUAAUAUUAUGAUCGAUACAGAUUGUUUACUUAAAUGUUAGAAUUUUUAGACUCGAAUUUAGGCGAGAAGUUGUGAUUCACCAUGAAUUUCUGUCGAUCUUAGCUCACAAUAGUGUGUAUCGUUUUAUUGGCUUGGGGUGUAA